UUGACAGUUUUAAGUCAAAUGUUUGUUGAGAAAAACGUGUUUAUUUUCCACAUUUGUUAAAUAUUCUCUGUUUUUAUUAUUAAGUUAAGACUCCAAAAUGGAUUUUAUUGUGGAUACAAUCGGUGACGAUGAUCUUCAGGAGAAAACAGAGCUUCUAGGCAAGGAUGAGAAGCCGUACUUUAUAGAAAAAGAAGACCGCACGCAAGCAAUUUUGAACCUCUUCGAGAAGAAAAAGCAAGAGUUAGACGCGAAAGAAACAGCUGAAGAGGAAGUACAAAACAAACUUAAGAAUCUUAAAAUAGAUAGUCUAUUUGAUGACUUCUUUAGGGAAAUGCAUUGGACUCACAAUGUCUUGGUGAAAAAAGAAAAACGGAGACUGUUUCACUUUGAUCAGCUGGAUAUUGAAACUGGUAAACUGAAGUCUAAACUUGGUGCUGUUGAUGUGGAGAAAGAAAUGAAGAAAUCUGUUCUACAGCCAGGCAUUGAGAAAGAGCUUCGUCUGCCCAAGUAUGAUGUUAGUGAGAGGAAGCUUAAGGCACUGCGCAAGAAAGAACGUGAGAAGACCAAGGGCCCUGGUUGGUUCAACAUGCCUGCCCCCGAGGUCACCGAAGAACUGAAGAACGAUCUGCAAGUCCUGAAGAUGAGGUCUGCCUUGGACCCCAAGCACUUCUACAAGAAGAAUGACAUGGAAGUUCUCCCUAAAUACUUCCAGGUGGGACGCAUUAUGGAUUCUCCAUUAGACCAUGUAAACGACCGGUUAACAAGGAAACAACGCAAACGAACCAUGGUAGACGAGCUACUUGCUGAUGCUCAGUUCCAGAAAUACAAUAAGAAGAAAUACAAAGAAAUAAUAGAUGAGAAGAGAAAGUCGGAAUACAGAACGUUUAUGAAAGAUAAGCGGCAGAAGAAUAAGGCAGAACUUAAGAAGAACAAGUUAAAAAGUAAAAAGAAAGUUGCCAGUUAAUAAAUUUGUUUUGGUGUAA